CUGAGAGUGGUCCCACAAGUGCUUGUGGAAGCACAGCGGUGACUUCCUUCGUUAGCUAGACAGCCUCACAGCACACAUUUCUUUUAAAACCCGUAAUGGAUUUGUCUCUUAACUAUCUAACGUUGAGACUAUUAAUUUUAGCCUGUGGCCAUCAAACUGCUUUGGGGCUGGAAAGGUCUGAGUGCUGGAGACCGGCCGCUCUGCAGGACCACUUCUGGGCCACUGGAGCCCAGGCAGAAGAGGCUCACUUUUGUCAGGAAAGGAGGUGGACGGGGUUGUUCUGGAACAGGACUCCGUGUCUCCUCACCGUUGGGACUCAUACUCAAAGAGCAGGUGAGCGCCAUGAGCUGUUCUGUUCCUGACAAGCGUGUGGGCCUCGCUCUUGAGCCACUAGUUCUGUUACUGCCAUCGCAUGGGAACAAGCUAUGCUUAGGGCUGUGCUUCGUGAAACAGCUUCCAGCUGCGACAGGGAGGUGGCUUCCCUGUGCUCCCCGCAGAGCUGAGGCUCUACCCCACAAAACCCAGCGGGUGCCGCGGCUCCACACGGGGCCUCCAUCGCCGCCAACGAGCCAUGUUCCAGGCUGCAGGAGCCACCCAGGCCACCCCCUCCCACGAAGCCAAAGGUGGCAGUGGCAGCAGCGCGGUUCAGCGCUCCAAGUCCUUCAGCCUUCGCGCCCAGGUGAAGGAGACCUGCUCUGCCUGCCAGAAGACCGUGUACCCCAUGGAGCGGCUGGUGGCCGACAAGCUCAUUUUCCACAACUCUUGCUUCUGCUGCAAGCACUGCCACACCAAGCUCAGCCUGGGCAGCUACGCGGCGCUGCACGGGGAAUUUUACUGCAAACCCCACUUUCAGCAGCUGUUUAAGAGCAAAGGCAACUACGACGAAGGCUUCGGCCGGAAGCAGCACAAGGAGCUCUGGGCCCACAAGGAGGUGGACCCCGGCACCAAGACAGCCUGAGGCCCCUCUCACCGUCCACUCUCUCCUCCCUCUGUCGAGGGCCUGGAGCAGGCAGGGGGCAGGGUGGGAGAGAGGUUGGACCGGGCCCUGGUGGGGGCAGGGUGGGAAAGGGAUGAGGCCGUCUUGCUCCGGCAGAGGGUCUUGGAGGCAGGGCUCUGCUCCGGGAUUUCUUCCUUCUCUCUCCGUGGGUGGGGGGGUUAGGGAACCAGGACUGGGCUUUGCUCACCAGCCCGCUUCCUGCUGCCUCCAGCCUACCCCACCUCACCCCACGGCCCCCUGGGAAGGCCCCCCAACCCACCUUCCCUAUCUAGGUGCCUUUUCUCCAGCAAGGAGUCAGCAUGCCCCCCUCAGGGUCCCAAGCUCCCUCACUGCCACCCAGGGCCCUGUGUCGCCCCCACGUCUCCCCAUCUACCUCUGCCCUUAGCCUGGUCCUGAGCCAUGGAGACUGCAGGAAGGUGAGCCAGGGUGCCCCCUGCUGGGUCUCUCCAAAUGCCCACCAGGACCCAGUGGGGGAGGGGAGGGAAAGUGGAAGAGC